AUUGCGCCGGCGAGCGUGAUCGAGUUCCUCGAGGUGCACUGGAUGGGCGACAUCAAGAUGUGGUCAGGCAUCUACCGGACCGAGCGCGAUGUCUUCGCUUUAUGCGACACGAACAUGCUUGUCGAGGCUUGGCAUCGUCUGCUCAAGCAUUACUUCAUGGCAAGCAAGCACGGGCGGCGUGUCGACCAGCUUGUUUACGUCUUGACGAGCAUGGCCGUGCCGUAUUUCCGG